UUCUUUAGGAGAACUCGUACCCACAUUUCUAUUUGUUAAAAUGACAAAGUUUUUCUUCAGGAGAACUCGUACCCAGAUAUUGAUGGGUACGACUUCUCUUGGAGAACUCGUACCCGGGUACGACUUCUCCAGGAUAACUCGUACCCAAAUUUCUGGGUACGAGCUCUCCUGGGUACGGGUUCUCCUAGGUACGAGUUCUCCAGAAGUCUUAUUUAACUAUGAGGACAAAAAACUAGAAAUACAGCCAUAUUUGUGUCUUCCAAUUCACAGGAACCUGCGCUCUUAUCUUACAAAACUAAGAAUAAGUGGGCAUCAGUUAUAUAUAGAAACAGGUAGAUAUUGUAAUCCUGUCAUUCCUAGAGAAAACAUAUUUUGCUACCAUUGUACAUUGUAAGAACAGUGAUGAAUAUGAAAAACAUUUUUUACUUGAUUUUCCUUCAUAUAAACAGUAAGGAAACAGUAUUCAAAAAUAUCAUAGCAUAUGAUAAUCUUGUAUCUUGUUUACUGAAUCCGCUCAAUAUUAUAUCUACAAAGGAAAUUUGUUUAUAUUAUCAGAUACUCUUUAUACCUUAGAAACAAAGGAUUAUUACAAUUAUAAUACAUAUACCAUGUAACAAAAUAUAUAUUUAUUCUAUACUACAUGACUAACAAAACUUAUAUGUGCUUUGGUGCUAAUAAAGAAUCGAAAUGAAUUAUUUCUAGACUUGAAAUCGAAAGCACUCACGUUGAUAAACAUUCAAGAAGUACUGAAGAAUUGUACUGCUUUUGAUAAAAUACUGAUUCUUGAUAUUUUCGUAAAUGAUUUCGUGUUGAAUAAAGAUAAGUUCAGUUAUUUGGAUCUGAAUUCUCUCCACUACCCUGGUUUGGAAUGCACAAUCCAGAGCGAAAGUAGAAAAUGUCUUCUUUUUUAAAAAAAAAUCUCUGAAAAAGGACAUACACGAGCUUACACCUACGUUACCUAGUUGUGCUUUUUAAAAAUAUUGAUCUUCAAAUGUGUUACUCAGAUCCAUCGUAGAACCGAAACUGAAAGUGAAAAGCUACAACAGGAAACAUAUUAGGAGGAAAUACAAUAUUCAUCAAAAUGGGGGACGUAUUGAGCUUAAUACCACCCGCCAUUAUCGACAAUUUCUGCUUUCAUGCGGUGAAGAAGAUUGGAGACGUGUUGUCAUCUUACUUUAGUUCCAAUGGAAAAGAAACAAUGACACUGCACGGAUCCAGGUUAUUCCUGAGACUUGGCGCUGUGUCAGGUGCCGUGGCUUUGUCAAUGGCAGCUUAUGGUGCACAUGCCUUUAAUGCUGAAGAUGAAAAUGGAGAACAGUUGAAAAAGAUUUAUAAAACCGGACAUAAAGUGCACUUAGUGCAGUCUGUAGCACUUGUGUGCUCUCCUUUGUGUAACAGACCAAAUCUGGUAAGUUCUCUGUGUAACAGACCUUAUCUGAUAAGUUCUCUGUGUAACAGACCAUAUCUGAUAAGUUCUCUGUGUAACAGACCAUAUCUGAUAAGUUCUUUGUGUAACAGACCGUAUCUGGUAAGUUCUCUGUGUAACAGACCAUAUCUGGUAAGUUAUCUGUGUAACAUACCAUAUCUGGUAAGUUCUCUGUGUAACAGACCAUAUCUGGUAAGUUCUCUGUGUAACAUACCAUAUCUGAUAAGUUCUACUUUGUGUAACAUACCAUAUUUGGUAAGUUCUCUGUGUAACAGACUAUAUCUGGUAAGUUCUCUGUGUAACAGACCAAAUCUGAUCGGUUCUUCUCUGUGUAAGAGACUAUGUAUCAUUGAUAUUAUGUGUACAAGCUUAAAACUGUUGAAACCAAGAUAACAAGUUUCCAUGUGCUAGCAAUCCAUAUGAUGCUGCUUAAGUUAUUCUGAGGACUUUACCUAAAACAUCGGAUAUAUACGUACAGUGAAACCACAUUUAUAAUGAACUUGAUUAUUGUGACUAUCUGGCUACAAGAGAAUUCCCUGUAUAGUACGAUUUGAUUACAGAUUAUUUUCAGUGUCUGUAUUGUAACAAACAAUGUAAAUAUUGAACUCUGUGUUUUCUGUUGUAGACCGGGGGAUUGUUUACGGUGGGAAUCCUUCUUUUUUCUGGCAGUUGCUAUGCCCAUGCUUUGACGGGGGACACCAAAAUUCGAUACAUUAUCCCAUAUGGAAGAUAUGCACUUAUUCUUGCCUGGAUAAGCAUGCUGUUCUAAUGAGGACUCCCGCAUAUCCUUGAUACUCCCGCAUAAUUCUCACCUAUGGUGCUAGGGGCCCAUUGGAUUGGAUUUCAUUAUUUUUUUUAUGUAUGGCAUAUAUAAAAUUUCACAUAAUAUUACUCUUUGUAUAAUGAUAUAUAUCAAAUGUUUGUUAAGAAGUAUUAUUCAGUCAUCAAUGACAGAUUGUGAUAUGAUGUGAAUUGUGUCGGAAAGAAAAACUGUCAAAAUAUUUCAUGUAUUUCUUGCAUUGAAAUAAUAAUUGAUAUGUUUGAUCAAGAAACUAUUUCUUAUCCUACUAGUAUAUGACCAAAUGACUUUUUUUUAACCUAAAAACAAACGGGGGUCAUCCUUAAGUUAUGGAGACUUUUCAUAAUAUUAAAGCUGAAAUAAUGUUUGGGACAUCAUCAGGAAACAAUUUCUUACCACAUUGACCUAAUGAUCUUAAUCUUUUGACCCCAGCAAAACUGGGGAUCAUACUUCAAUCACAUGAAAUGUGAUUGGCAAAACUCUAAUUUACUCCUGAAACCUUUUUUGUCCAUAUUCGAGCCUUUGUAAACUCCUUAUUUAAGGUUUCAUUGUUUAGACUCAAACCCCACUUGAAAUAUCUGGAAACUGUUUUUCACGAUAUAACAUAUGGAGAUGUCCAUGUGACUCGGAGACUCCUCGGUCCUCACGUGAAGUUUCAUUCCCAAAGCUUGAACAGUAUUUGAGAAAACAUCUGGAAAUAAUUUCUUCCCAAGUGACCCAGUGACCUUGACGUUUGGACCACAUAAAGUAUUAGGGUAAUCCUAAAGUUAUGGAGGCUCUUCAUUUGAAGUCUUAUUCAUAUUAUUAAACGGUACCAAAGUUGUUAUUUAGAUACCAUCUCUUACAUUAUGUGAGAAUCUUGACCUCUUUAACUAAAAAAAAACACCAGAGAUCAUUCUUUGGAUUUGGUGACUGUUCGAGUGAAUCUUCAUUACUAAAGCUCAUACAAUACAAAAAUUAUCAUCUGGAAGCCUUGGUGCUGCAGACAGAUGGACAGACAAAAAUGUGUAUUUAUUUCAGCCUUUUCAAUUUAGUUGAUCAUCAGAUGGCCCACUACUGUCAAACAUUUGGGACAAGGUUCAAGUUCAUAUUGACCAUCUCAUUUUCUACAUUUCAUUUGUUCCAUUUAGUUUUUGUAGUUAUUAUUUUUAGACUGGCUUUUGCUAGAAGCAAAGUAUUUGCUGUAGACCCACAAAUCAUCAGCCAUUCUCUAAAUAAACCACAAAAUCAAACAGCUGCAACUUUCAUUAUACAAAAUAGCAACAAUGAGAGACGAUAUUCUAUUAAUUGUAUGGAUGAUAUUGAGGCUUUUAAUUGGGAAUAAAACGAGAUGGAAAUAUAAAUUAAUUUCAGAUUUUUUUAAAUCACAAAGACUUAUGCAUGCGUAUGAAUAUUAUCGAACUACUUUAUAUAUAUUGAGUUGUUUUUUCAAAGAACUUAAAAUAAGUCAAGAAAUGGACUCUAUCUGAAAAAUACUAAGUCCGAAUACUCUUUCCGUAUAUUGUAUGUAUUUAAGUGAUUUCGUGGUGUAGUGGUCAGCGUGGAGCUGUUAAAUGGGAUACGUCCUUUUGUCUAUAUGAUGUUUGUUUGGGGUGUUUUUUUAUUUUAUCUAUAAUAUAAAUGUAAAAUUGAGAUUUGCUAGAUAUAUAUUUCUUUCAUUUACUAGUAAAUAAAAUAUGUAGUCAUUAACUCAUUAUAGUAUUGGUAUUUAAUAAAUCCCUUUAAAGCUAC